AUGGAUCCCAGCGGAUCCCGUGCUCUCUGCAGCGAGCGUGUCCGGUCGGUCCCUGCUCGAGCUGGGAGGCUGGUUAUUCAACAUGUGUAUGGAGCUCAGCAUCCACCUUUUGAUCCAUUAUUGCAUGGAACCUUGAUAAAACCAGGUUCAAAGCCACCUACAACUCCAGUGAAACUCAAGAAAGUCAGCACCUUUCAAGAAUUUGAAAGUAACACAAGUGAUGCUUGGGAUCUUGGGGAUGAUGAUGAUGAACUCUUAGCAAUAGCUGCUGAAAACUUAAAUACAGAAGUGGUCAUGGAAACAGCUCACAAAGUAAUUCAGAAUCACAGCAAGCUACAAGAACAGCAUAAAUUUCAGGAAGAACACCUACUGGAAGAAAAACAAGUAGAAUCUGCAGAGCUGACUUCAAUUGCAUGUGGUGAUAAUAGGCUUGUUAAAUCAGUCAGUGAAGGUCAUGCAUCAAGUUCAUCAGAUAAUGCUAGUGAAAAUUCUUCCAUGCAGAGAUCACAGUCCCUUCCACAAACUUCCACACCUCCCUUGGUGAGUGGAAUGGCAGACUCUAAUACCUCAGUUACUCUUGCAUUAACUGAAAGAGAAGCAUCCCGAUUAGACAAAUUUAAGCAGCUACUUGCUGGCCCUAAUACAGAUCUUGAUGUUAUGAGCUAUGUGAUUGUGACAGACAUGAAAACUGGUAUAACUCUUAAGAAUGUUGUAAUG